UGAGUACAUUAUCUGUAAAUUUUUGUUCUUGAAGUGGACUUCUCCUUUAAGACUUCUCUCUAUUCCUUAGUAAAAGUUUGUCUCAGCAGCUUUGUGAAUAGGUUUUAAAGGAGUCAUUGGAUGCAAAGUUCACUUUUACAUGUUGCUUAAACAUUAAUGUGUGUUGGCAGUGUAUGUACAAAUCUACCCUAUAAUGAUAAAAGUCCAUGCAGUGAUUUUUAAUUAAUCUGUAAAAAUAAUAUCCCCUUUUGCAAAUCGAGCCAUUCUCAGAUGUCUGUCACACCGACAGAGGCUGCUCCCACAAUAGUUGAUUGACAUGAGCGUCUUACCUCAGAUCAGCUGUAACAGUCCGACCUCCAUUGUUUCGAUGCCAGAGCAGGGAUGUAAGUUAGACAAGAAACACUCUGAUUGAGCGACUGAGGUGUUGUGUUGCUGGAUGUAAUAAUGAACAUAUUGGUUGUCAUUUACUCCCGACAUCUGAGCCGCUGAAGAUGCAAUGGAUUACAUUUGUUUAUGAAGGGAAUGCGCCUCCUGAUCUACAUAAAUGUGUCUAUGUUCGCGCAAAUCAUUUGUGAUCCAGCUUCACCUACAGCAGAAAUGAGUAUAAGGUUUUUUUUAUGAAUCUCUGCAAUCACCUUUCCUAAUAACGUGCUAGUUAGCAAGUUUCGCGGCUAAAUGCGCUAAAUGCGGCUAAAGUAAACCUUUUGAGCAGCUUGUUACUCCACAGAGAGAAGAGAGGGGUGGGGCGAGCAGAGCUCAUUUGCAUUUAAAGGAACAAUCCAUCAGAAUGGGUUGAUUUUUGCAGAGCUCAUUUUGACAAGGUAAAAAGGGUGUUGUUUUACACAACCAUUGAGAAUUUUUAAGCAAAGUAUAUUAUAGACCCUAAAGAAUCAUACCAAUUUGUGGAAAAUGGGCAUCCGAUGACCCCUUUAGGACAAAACUCUUAAAAAAGCUAAAACCUUUUACUGCUAUUUAUGAGAACUCUUAGUAAUAAGAUAAAAUGCUUUGUGAAUACGGGCCCAGAAGUUUAAACUAAUAUGGCUUUAAAGUGCAAGUUUUUAAUGCGAUGCACAUGAUAAUCAAAACCAAACGGACGUUUUUCGGCAGAGUAUCUGAAGUAAGAGCUGUAAAACAGGAUUGACAGGUUUUCACAACAAAACCCGCCCAAUUGCUACUCAAAACUAGCCCAAAAGUAUCCCAACUGCGUUUUCGAGGGGGUUCCCAGGGGUAAAAUACAUGUUUUGUGGUGGGGUUCUUAAGACUUGUAUUACAUAUUGUGAAAAGGGGCAUAAUAGGUGUCCUUUAAGUUGUCUUUAACAGUCUGUCUUUAAAAUUUAUCCUAAAAUGUAUCCAUUUAUCCUGAUGAGUCUUUGGGUGUGGCCCACAAUAUCCCAUAUUCUUAAAAUUUCAACAUUCAAAAUUUGCAUGGAAAUGGACAACAGGACAUUAUAUGGAAACCUGCAAAUUUUCCUGAAUUUUCAGUGCUUGAAGGCACUAUAAUUCAGCACAGUGCUACUCCAACCAAAGAAGCUUUUUUAAAAUUGGCUAUUUUGCAACAGCAAGUGUUCAUACCCCGAGGAAAUGGGAGGGAAUUAUGACAGGAAAUACUGGUUUGUUAUGAAACACUAGCAGGAGCCAUUUGUGAUGUUUAGGUAUAACUAGCUUUUGCAGUCCUAUCAGUUGUCAUGCUUCUCCUCCCCCUCUUGUUUUUCCUUCCACAUACGCUCUCUCUUUAGCUCAUGUAUGAGUCAGCAAAACGCUUGUUUUAUGCGGGAGCUUCAUGGCCAGUGGAAGUGAGAGUUGCUGUGACAUCAGCAUCAUGUGUGAAAGAUGAUCCAGGGUUGGUGACUGAAGCAGGCAGAGAAGGGUGAGAUGCAGGUUCAUGCAGGGUUGUGGCCCCUGCGGCUAGAUUACGCCUGUACCGGCUGAAUAUAUGUCAGCACGCAUGCCCUGUUACACCUCACCAUAUGUGUCCAAAGGUCUGUUAUGCCUUGUGCAACUUCACUCAGUAAGACGAUUAGAGGGAAAGCAGUUGGAAGAAGGAGUGAAACAGCAUUACUUCUGUAUUAAAAAUAACAAUGGCAUUAGUGUUCCUACCAGCACUGGCUCGUAUGGCCGUAACUGGCGGCACCCAUGGAAACGAGAUGUCCGGUGUGUAUGUGGUGCAGGAGAUGGAGCGACAGCGGAAAGAGAAGGGAGAGGGCGCAUGGCCGAUUCCUGUUACAACCGUGCUGUCAAACCCACGGGCUGUGAAAGAGUGCAGAAGAUACGUUGAAACUGAUAUGAACCGCUGCUUCAACACAGACACGCUGAGUUCUCCUAUUACAGACAGCAGCCCGUAUGAAGUCCGGCGUGCACAAGAACUGAACAAACUGAUGGGGCCGAAAGGAUCCAAAGAUGCAAUAGACUUGAUCUGUGACCUUCAUAACACCACGUCUAACAUGGGUCUUACACUCAUCCAUUACACAUCCAGUGACUGGGUGACCCUGCACAUCUGCAAAUACUUACAGACUAAGAUAACCAAAGUGCCUGUGAGAGUGCUGGUACUGGAUAUCCCGAUUAGUGAUGCUUAUUCCUUGGAGUCUGUUUCCAAGCAUGGCUUUUCAAUAGAGGUCGGGCCGCAGCCGCAAGGUGUCGUCAGAGCCGACAUCUAUAUGAUUAUGAAAGAGGCCGUCGACUUGACAAUAGACUGGAUCCACAAAUUCAACUCAGGUACUGUAAGACCUAAACAGAUGUGGUUGAAGUGUGUUUUAUUUCUAAAUAUGUUGUUUUCAGGAACGGUGUUUGAAGGCGGGGAUGUGGAAGCCUUCGAGUUUAUCAAGAGUGUUGAUUAUCCUAGAGAUCCAGAGACUCGGACUCUCACUGCUGCCAUUCAUCCUCAGCUACAGGAUAGAGACUUCUGUCUCCUUAAGCAGGGUGACCCAUUAUUUUUGUCAUUUUCUGGAGAAACCGUGAAGUACAAGGAAAAAGAGCCACUUCAUCCUUUCUUUAUCAAUGAAGCUGCCUACUAUGAAAAGGGAAUCGCUUUUCAUUUGGGAAAAAAGAUGAUGCUGACGGUUCCAAAGGUGCAAGUGCAGAAAGACUGAGAGCUGAGAGAGAAAAGAUAUUAAAUAUAUCAAUCAGAUGAUUUUAACAAUCACUUACAACUCAGGUGUUCACUAUGUACUUAUUACAGCUGUAUGACAAGGAAUGGCUCAUGUACCUGCUGCUAAAACACAAGCAACAAUGGUUUGGAUGAAAAGAUUUUUAUUGUGACCAGAAGUGUUCACUUGACAGGAGUGUGUACAAAACUGUAUAAAAAAGGCAAAA